ACAAAGAGCUCUAGUCUAAAGAAGCCGCGGCGGCGCAUGCGCACGACAGAGGCGCCUGCAAGUGGCGUCAUCCAGGGAGAUGCUGCGGCUGACCAGGUUCUCCCUCCUGGGGCGGCGACCUCCGGUGGCGAGGGUCCCCGCGAAGAACCUCGGCCUCAGAAAGGCCGCCUCUGGCAGCUCUCCCUCGGGCAGCGCCUCGCCCAGAGCCCUAAAUAUCUUCGACCGGGAUUUGAAGAGGAAACAGAAGAACUGGGCGGCGCGGCAGCCUGAGCCUAUGAAGUUUGACUACCUGAAGGACGAAGUUGGAAGUCGGAUCGCAGAUCGUGUAUAUGACAUACCCAGAAAUUUCCCCCUUGCUUUGGAUGUUGGUUGUGGAAGAGGUUACAUAGCACAACAUUUGAAUAAGGAAACUGUUGGGAAGUUUUUUCAAGCAGACAUAGCAGAAAAUGCUUUGAAGAAUACCUUAGAAAUGGAAAUUCCUACUGUCAGUGUUUUAGCUGAUGAAGAAUUCCUCCCUUUCAGAGAAAAUACAUUUGACCUGGUGGUUAGCAGUUUAAGUUUGCACUGGGUGAAUGACCUUCCUAGAGCACUUCAACAGAUUCAUUAUGUUUUAAAACCAGAUGGAGUUUUUAUUGGUGCAAUGUUUGGAGGUGACACACUCUAUGAACUUCGGUGUUCAUUACAGUUAGCAGAAACGGAAAGGGAAGGAGGAUUUUCUCCACACAUUUCCCCUUUUACUGCUGUCAAUGACCUGGGACAUCUGCUUGGGAGAGCUGGCUUUAACACACUGACCGUGGACACUGAUGAAAUUCAAGUUAACUAUCCUGGAAUGUUUGAAUUGAUGGAAGAUUUACAAGGUGGAAUGGCCAUGUUGGAGUGAUGGAGAAGUCCAUUAGUGGUGAGAAGACUAAAAAAUCUUAGGGAUCAUGGUAUUUGGUGCUUAUUAACAUUGAAGUCACCCAAGUUGGCGGCAGGAUUUGGGAUACAGAGGUGAACUGAACUUGGUGACAGUUCCUUUGAUGAAUGAGGAGAGGGACUGGGAGCCUGAUGUUUGACAGCAAGCAGGAGUAGGGGAGGGUUUUGGCCACAUAGUGUGCAUCUUAUCGGGUUUAGUAAGGUAGGAAAGUGAUGGCCUGGAAGAGGCUUUGAGCAGCAAGAACAGAGACCCUACCUCUCAACUGUGAAAGAGGUGAGGUACGUAAAAAUACAUAUCUACCACUGAGAGGGCUAUUGGAGAACGAUUUUCUCAAAGGAGAGCUUCAACUUAACUUCAGUAAGAAUUUAUGAGGUUUGUUCUUUGUUAAGUAGUCCAACGGCCUAAACAGUAUUGAUGAAUGAGAGAAGCUGAACAGAUUAAAGGUCUGUUCUAUGAAACCAGAACUACAUUUACCCAAGGGAACCUUAAUCUGGAUCCUGAAAAGUUAAAGAGGAUUAUAAAAAUAAAUACUUUGUUUAUAGAUUUAUAGUUUUUGUGAACAUCGUUAUACUUGCUUCUCUUGAUAGCCUUCUGGUUACUACUUGAUCUGCGUGUUACAGGUGAGAUAAAAAAUUAGGCCCAAAGAAAACACUUGUCUCUUAGUGGAAGAAUUAAGUGCCAAACUCUUGCCUUCUUGACUCUUGCUCUGAAACUUUUACCUGAUUUACUGCUUCUUAAAGCUACCUGUUUGUAACAGGUCCAUUUUACCCAUCAUCCAGCCUCCUUUGAGUAUUACAAGGAGAAAGAUGUGUAGCCAAAAACUUACUAUUAUAGUCACUCUUUAUCCAUUAUAAUUUAAUAGAAGCAUUGGCAGCCUUAAAUAUGCAUGCCCAAGAUGACAGGGGACCAGUAAUACACAUUUCCUCCUGAGCAUUUGGCUCCCCCUGAUGUGCUCACAGAGCCCCUUCAUCCAAAGGCUUGAAAGAUGAUGGUGGGCUGGUACUUUAUCAUUUAGACUCUGGUGAUAAAAAUAAUUUUCAGAUACAGCAUUUAUUUUUGUUCUGCUAUAUGAGUGCUGUGCUCAUGAUUCAUUUCAAGAAAGAAGAGACUAGAAAUUAGACCUAUCGGUUGGAAGUGGCUGCUGCCUGCUGAUUUAAAAAUACAGUGCUUACUCUGUGCUAGGUACAAAAAACCUCUGUGAGGUUUGCUAAUAUUCUAUUUUACAGAUGAGCAAAUUGAGAUAUCAAGAAGUUAGGUAACUUGUCCAUGGUUAUACUAAAUCUAGACUUAUGUAUUGAAUCCAGAGUCCUAUACUGCAUACUUGAUCUGUGUGUAUGUGUUUACAUUGAAGUUAAAUGUUCAGUAAAAUGCACUAAUUUUAACUGUACAGCUGCUUGGAUUUUUAACCACCAUCCAAAUGAAGGUAUAGAACAUUUUCAGCCUCCAGAAAGUUGCUGCAUGCCCCCUCCCAGUUGGAACCUGGGUUUUAAAUCAGUCAUUAUUUUGAGGAAUUGUCUUUUGUUUACCUUUAAGAGGAUUUGCCAGUGCUUCUCACUUUUCUUGUAAAGCUUUUUACACAAAUCAUAUGUUCUAGUUUUAGAUGUUUCUUUAGGAAGAUUAAGAAGAAUUAUCUGAAGAUAACAUGUAAAAGUGAUAUUUAACAAAGUAGUUAUAAACAUUAACUAGUUGAUUUUAUAUUCAUUUACUUACCAUUUAUUGAGCAUCUACCAUGUGCCAACCACAGAGCCAAUGAUAGGAAUACAUAGUUCCUGAUCUCAGGGAGUUAUGCUCUAGAAGAGAGAUACACAUAUAGACAGAUGUGUACAUUUAACUGUAAAAUUAAGUAUUUUGUUUUUAAGUAUAGGGAGAAACACAAGAGAAAAAGCCCCUGAAUCUGCUUAGGGUGUCAAGAGAUGCUUUUGCACAAGGGGCAGCACCUAAGUCAAAAUGAGUUUGCCAGGGUGGGUGCAGAUUUGGGGGUAGGGUUGCAGGCUUUACAUUCUAGGCCAAGGAAACAACCUGUUUAAAAUUAUAGAGAUGGAGGAGGAUACACAUUUCCUUUACUUCAAAGGAACUGCAGUAAUUCGGUAUUGCUUGAACAAGUAGAAUGGGGAGAUGAUGGAAAAUGAUGCAGGAUAGUCCAUCAGAGGCUUCUAGAUUUUAUCAGAUGAGCCUUGUAGUAUCUUGGAAGAAUUUUGCACAGAGGAGAGACAAACAGAUUAGUGUGUUAGAGCUCAUCCUCCAACAUUGUUUAUGAGCAUAUUUUAUGAGGAAGGUAAGUUCAGAGCUAGCAUAGUUAACCUCUCUUGUUAUGCAUGAGGAUAUUGAGGCACAGAGAGAAGUAACUGGCUCAAGGUGAUAUAUUUAGUAAGUGGGAGAGCCAGGAUUGAAACCAAGUGUAGCAGUCUGGCUCGGAUCUCAACCACUGGUAAAAAGGUCAGAGGCAGCAAAGAUAGGAAGAAGAGUGGUUGGGAGUGAACGGAGGAGGAGUGGAGCUUGGGAGACUUCCAGGUGUGUGGAUUUGCAGGCUGGAAGAUGGUGUUCCCUUCAGGUUGCUUUUUGGUAUUUUACAUUGCUUUCUUCUUUUUUCUUGAUGGUUGUGGUGUCUCUCAUUUAAGUUGCCAUUAUUAU